AUGUGCGACUCUGGGGAUUUAAAUCUGACACCAGAUGAGGUUACCAAGCUGAAAAAAGCAUUUAAGGACCCUGAAUUUCAGAAACUAUUCAGAGAAUAUGCGGAAGAAAUAUCAGAUCCUGCUAACAAGAAAAAAUAUGAAGACGAGAUACGAAUGAUGGAAUUAGAGCAAGGGAUGGAUGUAGUAUUUGUCAAUCCUACUCCAGGACACUGUUUAAAAACGCGUCAUUGGCCAGGCGUUUCUCAGUGUCCCGAAAGUGGAAUCACUUCAAGUGCAAAAGAUGAAUCGACCCAAGAAAGUGUGAAGGUUUUCAUAAAUGUCUGCAAAUCUGACAAAGUAGAAUGUCCAGAAAUGAAAUCAAUGAAAAACGAUUCUUCUAGACAAGGAGAGAAUGGUGUUUAUUGGAGUCUUCCUCAUUGCUUCACUCCACCACGUGAAGAUAUUGACAAAGCGAAAAAGCAUGCAAUGGUUUAUGAUGUGGCAUUCAAUCCAAAAGCAUUCGAGCUAGCUAAGUCAUCCACUGCUUUUAGAAGAUUGUUAGAUACAACAGCAGUUGAGGGUGUGCAGAAGCAGUAUAAUUUGUACUUUGGAAAAACAUUCUCACAAGCACAACAGUUAUUCAGUUGUAGAAAAGAUAGGGAGUCAAAUCAUUCUCGAAAUGGGACAUCUACUGAUUCCGUUAGUGAGGACUAUCUAAUCAAGGCUGUACAUCUCUUGAAAGGUGUGUCUUACAAAGGCGUGUCUACACCGACAGUAAUCAGGCGUCGUCGUUCAGAUUACGAACAACGCCAAGCUGAGAUAAAAAAGCGGGAAGCUGAAGACUUAAAGUUGUGUAGUUCUGCAGAACAAAAGCAAGCAAUCAAGAUGUUAUCCUCAUUUCGUAAUUGUGGUAAUCCUGAGGGUUUAUCCAACGGGACCCGUAAGAACGAGGAGACUGUCAAAUUGGAUGAAAUAAGUACACCUACUAAACCUGAUUAUUCUAUAACCUACAGUUCAGAUUUUGACCUAAGUAACUGUCGAUAUUCUAAUGAUGUGAAUCCUUUACGUCCACCGGAUCGUUUAAAAAUCAAUGUUAAAUUGCCUGGUUUAAGUUCAUCUUCAUGUGUUGACUUGGAAGUGACAGAAAUGCACAUACAUUUGAGUAGUCGAAAACCAAUUGCAUAUUUGCUUGACCUGAAAUUACCCUAUAAAGUGAAUGAUGCUGAAGGGACAGCAAAGUUUGAUAAAUCUACUCACACUCUAUGCAUCACACUACCGAUUGUUAAAAACGUGGAAUCAACUACUGACAGUACUAUAAAUGUUGACGACGAAAAAAAUGUAGAGAACGAAACAAAGUCUGUGGAAUACAGUUCUACAACAAACACUUCUGAUCAUGAAUCAGUUACAUUAAGUGCAGCAACUCGAAAACGUGCACGACGAAAACGUCGGAAACAACGAACUAGAUCAAACAUUGUUACAGAAAGCUCAGUGGAUACUUCAUCUGAUGGUGGAUCUUCAGUUUCAAAAUGUCCUAAUUUUGACUUACCCGUAUCUGCUGUUGUUGCCGUUGAUAAGUCUGUAACACAAACAGAAAAACAAUCUGAGCAGUUGACAAAUACGGAUGAAAAGUUGUCGGAAAUUGAGAAAAACAUAGAAAACGAUAACAGAAUUACAGAGUCUCAAUCAUUAUCUACUGCUGUCAGUUUACCAACUUCCCCGGGCGUUGAAAUCAAAGUAAACCAGGUUUCAAGUUGUGAAAUGAUUUUGUCCAAAGAUAGACGCUUAGCACCAGUUCGUUUUCGACAAGAUCCAUUCUCCAUAACUGUUUUACUGGAUGUGCGUGGUAUUUUGCCCAAAUCGCUUGUGAUAAAUUGGACCGAUCCUCUGCAUUUCAAAUUAUCCGAUAAUACUGAUAUGCCUGAUUCAUCUUCAUCUCAGCUACUUUUAUUAAUUACCUUUGCAAGUUGUGGGUCCGGUGGGUUUACUAUGGAUUGGGGAAUAGUAUUACAAUGUCCGUCUUCCGCACCCGACAAAUAUGAAUAUACACUUAAUGGUAUUACUGACUCAUUCAACUCCUGUCGAUCCAGUGAAUCUUCCCUACCACCACAGAUAAUAUCCUGCCAUAUUUCUCCAGCAAAUGGAGUUUUGGUUAUUCGUAAACCUUCGUGUAACUGUGAUGAUCUGUCUAUGAAUAAGAAGUUAUUUAGUGAGAUGUUAUCAAGUCGUGCUGUUUGGUGGACAUCAGUUGCAACUGGGCGUACUUUAACAGCUGGUAUGGAAGAGUGUUCAUUCAUUGGAAUGGAAUCGUUCACACCACAUUGUAGACAGAAUAGUUUUCUAUCUACCGAUGUUAAUGGAACUUCUGAUAAUUGUUAUCAUGAUGGUGUUUUCUCCUCUACUCAACUAACCAAUAAAGUAUCUUCAAUCAAUAGUCAGUUACUUCAUAAAUGCUGUACAUCGAAUCAACAAUGUUUAAAGUCCGUAAACGUUACCUCAUUGUCAGAUAAAUGUUGUUCCAUAGAAUGGGAUCCUACUGUUGAAUUUAUAGGUUCGAACAUCGACUUCAAUCAUAAUCUCAUGAAGACAAAUGACUCUUGUUUUAUGUCUAAUCAUCAAUCAAAUUUAAUAAACCAACAUUCUAAUAAAUUACAUGUAACUAACGAAAAUGAUAAUAAUAAUUACAGUGUCAGACGUCUCAGGUAUAAUUCAACUCCUGGUAAUCCAGGACUAGUAUUAAAGAGUAUUUUGAAACAACGUUCAAUAUCAGAAUCUAGCGGAGAUGAAAUGACUAUUUUAGAAGGUAAUAUUUUACGUGAUGCCGGUUUAGCUGGUAAUAGAGAGCAUCCUUUAACAUCGGAUGAAUUUCCUACUGCAAGUAGUGAUGAAAAUCACGAUUCAGAACUAUCGAAAUCUGAUUUUCGACGAUGUAUAUCUAGUGAUAAAUUGUCAGGAACAAUGAGCCAAUGUCAUCCUCAUUUGCCUAUAUUCAGACAACGAGUAAGAUCAGUGAGUUUCUGUCAGCGUGAUCAACAUGUAGACUUCUCUCCUAGGGAUACAGUAGAAACACUGCAUCAUACAUUGUGUAAUUUACGGAAAAACCUCCGCAAACGUAAUGCUCGCCGUCAUCGUGGAAGUGGUGGGAAUUCAAAACAAUCGGACAAUGUCAAAAGUACACCUUCUAAAAUAAGUGUUGAUGUCAAUACUCCUAUACUUAGUACACACAUAUCUUCAAAUGGUUCAUUGUCUUCGUUGACUGAAGUUGACCACUGUGGUAAGAAUUUCAAUUGCUUGGUAUCUGAACAAGACAAUCCUAAUUCAACCGAAUCUACAAGUACAAUUCGCGAUUCCUUCACUCUUCACGAAUCAAAACCUAAUAUCCCUGUACAUUCUCGCUCUGAUUCUGAUCUUCAAAAAUUACCUAUUUCAGAUUCCGAAUCCAACCAUUCACAGUCAUCAUGUCCCAAAGUUAUUUCGAAGUGUUAUGAGAAAACUUCUGAAAUUGUUCCCAAACACACUGA